AUGUUCACUCAAACAUGGAUCAUGACGACGCCAAUCUCGCAAAUCACGUACCGCAAUUUCUCCGACUUGUUUUUCCCCUUGUUCAUACCGGCUGUACUUUCAAUCUUCGCAAAUCUAAUGAUCCCGCGUACAGCAUACCGCACAUAUUUCCGAUGUAUGUCAUCGGCUCUAGACGCUAUAACAGGUCUCAUGGAGAUUUCAAUGACGAACUUCGAGAAAGAGCUCGUCGAAUGGCAAAAAUUUGUCAGUCAAAAUCCAGAUAAUUACUAUGAUGCACAUGCAUUUGAACAGUCUAAUAAUGUGAGCAGCUCACUCAAAGUCCUAAAAGAACGUGUAAGUGUCAUGAACCGCGCUUUGUCUGCCUCUUUGCAUGAGGUCACUUGGUGCAUUAUCCCUAUUUCUGAAACAAAUCAUCUUAGGACAUUUAUUGUCGAUACCUCAACAUGGCUAAAAAGUGGAAUGGGUUUGUCCAUUCCGCAAGUGGAUUUCGAAGAUCCCCUCUUCGACGAAACUCGCGACGCGGAGGAUGAUGAAGUAAUAUCUAUGGCAGAGUCCACCACGUCUCUUCGAAUGACACUGUCUAACCCACAAUCUAUGUCUGUUCUACAAAUGAACAAAAUCGAAGAAGUCGCCCGCUCCUUGAGAGAUUUGGAAUCAGCUAUUCUUGAUGUCAUCGGCUUAUUGAAAGUUCUGAUCAACAAUUCUAUUCAUAACUUUUCUCAAACGUACCCGCGUUCUUCGAGUGUAACAUUCGCAAAGGCUAUUCAUCAUGCUCGCUUAGGCGACAGUGAAAAGUUCGGUAAUCCAAUGGAGAUACUUUCAAAUACAGAAAAAGAGUUGGAAAAUGCCAUGACUAAAUGUAACAUGCACUUGCAUCUUCUUCUCAGGGCCCGUGGAUUUAGGGAGUCUCACGAAAAUCAAGCCCCAACACCGCCGGCCUCUGUAAAUUCAUCAUCAGACCCAACAAAGAAGUCGGAUGAGGAAGCGAAAUCGACACAAGAUCAAUUCCGCAAACCGAAUUUAUUUUGCACUGACAUGUAUGUGGUAUGUCAAUUUUAUUUGUCGCUUUUUCAACUCGCUAGGCGAGCGAAAAACACUUUGAAUCUGUCGGUUCCUAUGCUCGAGAAGCUGGUCAAGCGUCGACGAAGAUCCAUCUAUCUGCCCCGAUUUGAUUUUCUACGGUGGAUUCAAUCGACCAGCGGCAUUAGUCUAUUUCAAAAUGCCACAACUGACUUGUACUUACCGUCGCAUUACGCAAAUCGGGGACAAGUCGGCACAACGGAUGACAACAACGAUGAACACUCAGACAACAUCGCUCACAUAUUCGAGAAUCCCAACAAAAAGACAAAAUAUAAAACGUAUGCACAAAAUGUAGCUCACGCCAUGAGAACCACACGCAAGAAUGUCCGUGGCAAUACACUUUGGUCGCAUUUCAGGUAUCGCGUGAUCAGUAUAUUGCGGUCGUCCCCUGUCAUGAAUGGACGAAUUUUCAUUUCGACGGUGCUGCAACAAGUAAAACACUCAAGCCAUGUCCGGUUCGCUCUCAAACUAGCGAGUGGUGUAACACUAUUCUCUGCGAUCGGAUUCGUAUAUCCAAGACAAGAUCAGUGGUGGCGCCAGUGCAAGGGGCCUUGGCUAUUGAUUGCGUACACUUGGUCACUUGAAGCGACAACAGGAGACUCGUUUCGCAUCGCUAUCUUCCGAAUCAUCGGAACAAUUCUGGGUUCACUGUUUGGAUUUUUAACGAUGGAGAUCUCGCGCGGAAAUCCGUGGGGAAUUAGUGUCAUGAUCAGCUUUUUUUCUGUUAUCGCCAUCUUGAUACGCAUGCGACCCAGUCUCGUUCCCGUCGGCGCUCUGACAGGCUUUACGACGCCACUCGUGGCAAUAUUGGCAUACCAAAGUCCGCGAGGUGACGCGCCCAUACAUGAAGCACUUUUACGUGGGUACAUGAACCUUCUUGGUAUUGCUGCUGCGCUUGUCGUCAAUUUGGUGUUUUGGCCGUAUCAUGCUCGGACUCAGUUGAUGUACAAAUUGUCAGAUACAUCUACACUACUCCAAAACUGGUAUUUGACGAUGGCGCGGCAAAUGCUGUACAGAGGGUUUAAAUCUUCGCCCAAGCUUCAAGCUGGUUACAUCGAGUUGGAGAAGUCAAUCCGCUUGCACUUGACAAGCUGUGAAGCACUUAUGCGCGUCAUAUCGAGUGAACUCAGUCUGGUUCCCAAGCCGAUCAAGAUCAUGCAUCGCAUUUUCGAGCAUUUGGAAAUGAUCUUCACGUUGUUUAUGACUUUGCGAAUGUGUCGAGAACAGGAGUAUCGAACUGGAAGCGAACUCGCUGUAUUACAAGUGCUGCACCUGCGUCAGGAGCUGAUCUCGUCUGUGGUGCUGGACUUGUGGCUUGUGGCGCAAUCCAUGAUCACUCGGGCGCGGCUACCACAGUCACUACCUUCGACAAAACGCUCGAUGGAAGAGGGGAUUUCAGCGACCGCCCUUGGAUACCAUGAGCUUGUAUACUAUAACUCGCCUAAUAAUAUUUCCUCACAAAGACCCAUUUAUGAUGGACCUUUUCUCCGUCAAGAGGCAUAUCCUAAAUUAUCUAGCACGUCAUCAUAUGGUGAAAGGGGCUAUGCGUCACACACGCGGACAAUGGAGGAUACGAUGUUUCUGCUAGCAGAACAUUCCAUAUUGUCGCAGAUUGUUUUCUCUUUGGAGUGUCUUUUGCAGCUUAUGCGCUUCAUGCUGGGCGAGCUGCGUCUUGUAAACUAA